AUGCUGCUCAUUGGCGGUACUAGACUUUGGGUCAGCCAGAUGCCGCAAGUUGCCCUAACCGCUGGCCAUGCUCUGGAAGUAGCUUGCAGUACCAUCGAGUUGACUAUUGCCAAGAUCGAGGGUUGGUUUAAGAAGUUUGAGACGAUAGCCAAAUUUUAUAAUUGGGGUGAGAAGGCUUAUGAAUAUGUCCCGCUGUUCUUGGAAGAUAAAGUGCAGGUUGCUUAUGAUCAUAUCCCGCUGUCUGAUCGCACUGGUUUGAAUAAGGUGAAGGCUUCCCUCAUCCACAGUCUCCUGACUCAAGACCCCUUUGAGGCCUUUAACUCUAGAGUCAUGAAUGAUGACGAGUCGUAUCUUGAUUUCAGUUAUGAUCUCAAACAGCUUGCCAAGAAGAUGUUAUCUGUUGAGAGAGCUAAAACUAUAAGUCGUGGGAAGGAGAUAUCUGAUCAACGGAAGCAGGAGCUGAGUUUUUAUGCUGGUUAUUACUCGGCUCACUAUGGAGGAAAGGGUAAAGGCAAGAGCAACUACAACGUCAAAGGUGGCAAGGGUGGUAAAGGCUUCAAAGGCUCACCUGGUAAAGGUUACAAGGGCAAGGGACCCUUGCCAAGGGUCUCUAUUUGCAGAAGGAUCCCUAUUGGUUUCACAGGUGUUAUUCUUGUGGACGAGCUGGCCAUCUUGCCAGGGACUGCCCUAUGA